AUGUCCGCCCUCAAGGAUCAGUUCGACCAGGCUGCCAAGGAUGUCAACAACCUCAAGCAGAAGCCAAGCAACGAUGAGCUGUUGAAGCUUUACGCACUCUACAAGCAAGCUACAGUGGGUGACUGCAACACAGAACGGCCUUCCGCCUUUAAUAUCAAGGAGAAGUACAAGUGGGAUGCAUGGAACGCUCUGAAGGGGGAGACAAAUGAGCAAGCGAUGGAGCAAUAUGUCAAGUUCGUGGAUGAGCUGAAGGCCAGCCAUGGAUUCUAA